AUGUACAAUAAUAGCGUGCAAAUAAUCACAAUGAACUCGACGGAAGCAAGCCUAGACGUCAACCGUUCCACGCCUAUUUAUACCAUCGGCACAAGUUUUAUAACACAAUGGAAAUUACAAAAGCUAAAACAGCAGCGGUCCUGUCUCACAAAUCCGAAUCCAGAAUGCCAGAGUUAUCUCAGCAACGUGACCAAUUAUACUGAUGUCUAUUUCUUUAAUGGUUCCCUAGAUGAAACUACGGAUUUGCAACCUGUACUCCCACCAUUUCCACUCUGGCUGGCUGUAAUCAUUGCAACUUGCCUUCUUCUGGUAAUUUUACUAACCGUUAGUGGAAAUGUUCUGGUACUACUCGCAUUCCUCGUGGAUAGAACGAUACGACAACCAAGUAACUACUUUAUUGCUUCGCUCGCUGCCACUGAUCUUCUGAUAGGUACUUUGUCGCUCCCAUUCUAUACAGACUACGUAUUAAAAGGCUACUGGCAUUUAGGACCCUUGCUUUGUGACCUUUGGCUUUCUGUUGACUACACAGUUUGUUUAGUGUCACAGUACACUGUACUUCUUAUAACUGUAGACAGAUUUUGUAGCGUAAAAAUAGCAGCUAGAUACAGAGCAUGGAGAACAAAAAACAGAGUGAUAUGGAUGGUUACCGUGACUUGGAUAAUACCAGCAUUGUUAUUCUUUACAACUAUAUUUGGUUGGGAACAUUUUGUUGGAUAUAGAGACUUGCAAGAGGGUGAGUGUGCAGUCCAAUUUUUAAAAGACCCUAUAUUUAAUACAGCUUUAAUAAUUGGAUACUACUGGACAACACUUUUUGUGUUGAUUGUCUUAUAUGCAGGUAUUUUUAAAACAGCUUAUGAUAUGCAAAAAAAAAGUGAAGCUAAACAGAGAAAAAUGCAGUCAAUGGUUGCUCUAAGUGCUGGUGUUAUGACUGGCAUGGCAGGCAGAGCUGCUGGAAUGGCAGCGUUAUCAAAAGCUACAAUAUCAAGUGAAGAUCAAAUAAAAGUUUCAGAAGCAAUCCGUAAGGAUUCUACGUCCAAAGGCUCUUUAGCAGCGCCUUUAUUAAACCUAGGUGGGUCAACUGAUUCAAAUUCUAGCCAAAAGUCAUCGGCUCAUAAAAGUAGUGCCACUGCAACAGGUACCUCAACUACGGCUGAAUCAAAUGAAGAAAAAAAAGAAGAGCAAGUAGAAGCAGAAAGAUCGAGCAGCCCGGCCUUUGAUUCGGAUGAUGAAAGUACCACACAAACUAAUAUAAAAAAACGACCCUCGGUUGCGAAUUUAGUUAUGCAGACUGGUGCUAUACAAUUACUUAAUAAUAUGCGACUUAAUGGUAGUAUGCUUAUGAAACCUGAAUUAAAACAAUCUCCUAUUGUGAAGCAUGAACUUGAAAAGCCGAAGUCAUCAUUAUCACAAAUAUCAGAGAAGAGCCUUUUAGAUACUGAAAACCCUGAAACCUCACACAGUAAUGGACAAACCCCUGCAGCUGCUCUUAUACGAGCAACAGCUGAAGCUCAAGUAACACAACCUAAAACAAAUUUAUCUCCUCCACCACCUGUAAAAGUUAACACAGAGGUAAGUUUAACUACAGGAGAACGCCCAAAGCCUAUUAUUACCCUUGUAACUUCGUCUUCCAAUAAUAAUGAGACUCAAACUUUGAAACCACCUGAUAAAUCGUCAAUAUCGAGGUUAAAUGAAACAUCAGCUAUUGAAAAUAGUGAAAUUUCUAGUCCAGCUGUAAGUGGAACUGGUCGAGGUGAUUCCAGAAGAGAUUUUGUAAAAAAUAUAGGUAAAAAAUUGAAAGUAAAACGUUCAAAACGAGAUGGAUUAUUUUCUAGUAUAGGGAGGCAAAAAUCUAAAUCAGAAAAUAGAGCUAGGAAAGCAUUUAGAACUAUUUCUUUUAUAUUGGGGGCUUUUGUUGUAUGUUGGACACCAUAUCAUGUUUUGGCUUUGGUAGAAGGUUUCUGCACUGAUCCUCCAUGCAUAAAUCAACAUCUUUAUAUGUUUUCAUACUUUCUUUGCUAUGCCAAUAGUCCUAUCAAUCCUUUUUGUUAUGCCUUGGCUAACCAGCAGUUCAAAAAAACUUUCACAAGACUUCUUAGGGGGGAUUUCCAUAUAACCUAG